GGAUGUUUAGCUAGACUGAAAUCCUUGUAGAAUAUUAAAUAUUCAAGGCGAUGGGGGAACCUUUUAGAAAGAUACUCCUCUUGCUUGGCCCUCUCCUAUUAGUCAAUAGUUGUGAUGGCUCGGACGCUAGAACUUCCAAGGUUGAUGUCACCAUCAUUGUGGAUAAACCCUUCUGUUACGAGAGCUCGGAUGGCGUCUUCAAAGGCUUCAUACCGGAUAUGAUGACGGCCAUUGAGGAAAUGACAAAAUUGAGUUUCGAUUACAAAGAAAUUGAAGAUGGGAAAUAUGGAACUCUGUCUAAGGGCCAAUGGAGUGGUAUGAUUGGAAAACUUGAACGUAAGGAGGCAAUGAUCGCUGCUGGGCCCAUCACGGUGACAAACGAUAGACGGACAGUGGUAGAUUUUACGACACCCUUCAUGACUGUCGACCUUGCCCUUCUCAUGCCGAAAGAAGAUGGAGCCAGAAAGAUUGCUAGUGCCGAAGAUUUGCUUCAUCAGAAUGACCUAAACUACGGCUUGGUCCACGGGACAUCGACCCACGAGUUCUUUAAAAGUACAAAUGUCGAAACUUACGCCAGGAUGUUUGAUGCCAUGACUCGACACGGAAUCUUUUUCUCAAGCUUGGAGGAUGGGAUAAAGAAUGUUCGCGCUAGCCUCAAGGAGACGCAAAGGAUUGGCUUGUUGGUAGAGUCUGCGAAAGCGGACUACCUGGCGAGCCAGCCACCCUGCGAUCUCAUUGCAGUCCCAAUCAUUAAGAAUUAUAGACAGUAUGCACUGGCUGUUGCCAAAACAUAUUCGAAAAAAGACCAACUCAACAGAACUAUCGAGGAGCUGAAAACGAGUGGGAAGUUGGCGAAGUUGCAGAGCAAAUGGUGGAAGUCGCUUUGUACCGAUGCCUCCAGCAACGUCGCUUUCGGUUGGAUGACGAUAUUUGUGACACUAGGAGCAGUCCUAGUUGUGGAGAAAUGGUUGAAGGGUUGUUGAGUUAAACUCAGCGAACUCCUCGAAUACAGACCAAAACUUUGGUGUUAUAUACGUGGAGAUGUUUGAGUUAGUGUGGGUUAUGUGAGUGUUUCAAAGAUGAAAUAAUAUUGCUCUGAAACGUUUGGUUGCUUCGAGAAAAUAUUUUUCUUAUUUGGCUUAAUUUAUUUGAGUUUUGUUUCUAAUAGAUGUUAAUUUUUUGUAUGUUUUUGCUUCGUUGGUCAAUCACUACUACUGCUUUAUAAUAAAAAACCAGCAACUCAUUUGA